AUGGGUCGCCAAGACGAUUUGUGGUCGCUUUUUUAUAUGAUCACUGAAUUUCUGCAGGGACAAUUACCAUGGAGGAAAAUCAAAGACAAAGAUGAGGUGGGUCGAAUGAAGGAAGAUGUUGACUUGAAUGUACUGCUGGACGACUGUCCAGGAGAAUUGCAUCAGUUCGCCGCCCAUCUUCGUACCCUUUCCUAUCCCGAUUUACCCGAUUACGAGUUGCUCGAGAGCCUGCUCAUUCAGAUCAUUCGCAAGAAUUCGUUCGGGAUGGACGAACCAUAUGACUGGGAGCUCGGGUAUGAGAAUCUUUCGGGUCGAGGAAAGGCCAACGGUAACGUCUCAGCUCGUAUGAAAUCGCACACAACCGCUGUGAUUCGAGAUCAGCGCUAUGAAGAGAAGAACAGGGCACUAGAGACUCAAGCGCCGAUUACAAUGGGUGAAGAUGAGGACGAGCAGACGAACGGCCAAUGUCCUCCGAUCUUGCACCAAGGCGAAAGUGCUCACGAAAAACAUGAAAAACCCAAGUACAAACGACACGAGUUUCUCAAGUGA